CAUCUGGUUGGAGAGGCGCUGCGCACUGACGACUGCAGGAUGCGCGUAUUCGCUGUCCUUUGCGCAAUUGGAUUCCUGCUGAAAGAGGCGCAAGCGUGGAGCUACAAAAAUGGAAUAUUUCAUAAUUCAAUAUGGCUGGAGCAAGCAGCUGGAGUUUACCACAGGGAAUCGCGUAAAGGGAGGUACCAGCUGACUUAUAAAGAGGCCAAAGCUGUCUGCAAGUACGAAGGAGGAAAACUGGCCACUUACGAACAACUGGAGGCGGCUCGUCAAAUAGGUUUCCAUGUGUGCGCAGCGGGAUGGUUUGACAAAGGGCGCGUCGGCUACCCCAUCGUCAAAGCUGGCGCCAACUGCGGUUUUGGGAAAGUGGGCAUUAUCGACUAUGGCUACAGGCUGAACAAAAGUGAGAGAUGGGAUGUGUACUGCUACAACCCAGACUCCAAGGAGUGCGGCGGGGUGCUGACAAACCAGGAGAAGAUCAUUCAGUCCCCUGGUUUCCCCGAGGAGUACCAGAACGAGCAGAUCUGCUACUGGCACAUCCGUGUUCGCUACGGCCAGAGGGUCCGCCUCCACUUCCUUGAGUUUGACGUGGAGGAUGACGGGGUGUGCAUGUCCGACUACCUGGAGGUGUUCGACAGCUACGACGAUAUCUCAGGCUUCGUUGGGAGGUUCUGUGGUGAUUAUUUACCAGACGAUAUCAUCAGUACAGGAAAUGUGAUGACGCUGAAGUUCCUGUCCGACGCCUCCGUCACCGCCGGAGGCUUCCAGUUACAGUACAUCGCCUUCAACGCGUCGGCCUUCUCACACAACGACACCAACUAUUUUUACUGAGCAAUCAUUUAACACACUGAUGUAUCCCUGUUGCUGUAUUUAUAUUAAUGUUUACCUCAUGUAAUUAAUGAUUCU